AAUAAUACUCGACAGCACACUUCGAUAGUCAUUUCCACCAACGCCAGCCCCGACAAGCUAAGGUAUCAAAGACAAGGUCUUAUACUAUUGAUAUGAGCUCAACGAAACUCAAUUCUGAGGGUCUAUUGUUAUUCGAGCAACCUUUUGCACGGGUCCCUUAUGAAAACUAUCGGAAGGUAUUCCGUGCAACACAACGGAACAUAGAGCGCGAGCUCGGAAAUGUCCAGACUUCCUCGAAUGACUUACUAAAACGAUCCAAGAGCCGCGAGGUCAACCUCGAGGAAGCCGCCAAGAGUGUAGAUGGGAUGAUAGGUCGGGUGGAGAACCUCAAGCGCAAGCUUUCUGAACUGCAGGAUACCGCUGGAAAACCUACCCUUGAUGUCACUCGGGAGAGGCUGCAGCAUAUCACGGCGGUAGAGACCCUGCAAACCACCAAUAGCCUCGAUUUUUCGCGGUGGGCAGACACGCGGCUUGACAGAUGGCUUGUUGACUGGGCCCUUCGGUCUGGACGGGAAAAUACGGCACGAAAGCUGGCACAAGACAGGAACAUAGAGACCCUUGUGGACAUUGAUCUGUUCACAGAUAUCCGAAGAAUUGAAUUCGCACUUUCCCAGCACAGUUGCACUGAAGCACUGGCAUGGUGUAGCGAGAACAAGACGGCGUUGCGGAAAAUUAAGAGCACACUUGAAUUUGAACUUCGCUUACAAGAGUACAUCGAGUUGGCGCGUGUUCAGAAGAAGCAGGAGGCCAUGGCUUACUCGAGAAAGCAUCUCGUGUCAUGGCAAGAAACACAUAUCAACCAGAUUAUGCAGGCUGCCACGCUACUUGCAAUAAAACCUUCUACGAUGUGUGGUCCGUACCGCAGACUGUAUGACAAUUCCCGUUGGCUUAAUCUUAUCCAAGCAUUUCGGCUUGCGAUUUACAAUCUCAACUCUUUACCCACUGAACCCCUUCUUAAUCUUGCUCUCUAUUCUGGUCUCGCUUCACUGAAGCUUCCUUCCUGCAAUGACCAGCUAUCCCACAAUGUGGACUGCCCGGUAUGCGACCCCAGUAUAAACACACUGGCUGAAGAAGUUCCGUUCAGCCACCACGCCAACUCCACUAUUGUUUGUCGAAUUAGUGGUAAUAUCAUGGACGAGGAUAACAUGCCCAUGGCGUUUCCCAGUGGUCAGGUUUACUCCAGAGAGGCGCUGGAAGAUAUGGCUGCCAAACACAAUGGCAUGGUCACUUGUCCACUGAGUGACCAGAAGUGCGAGUUCAGCGCACUCAAGAAAGUAUUCAUCUCCUAGCUAUUUACUUCGAGGUGUGGAAUGCCGGACUCGUCGCCUCAGCAGUUUACUUCAAUUCUCACUGUAAUGAACCUACGCCCAUUUUUUCAUCAUCGUGUAAUAACAUUCACAAAGCAUACAAUGUAUUUCCGACUCGACAAAGGACAGGAAGGUGUCUGUUAAGAAUCUUUGUCCCUUUUGUCCCUGCCCCAGCCGGAAUCGACUGUAUUCGUGAGU